AUUGCUCAUAAUGAUGUCUUUCAUGAACGCACUAAACACAUUGAGGUUGAUUGUCACUUUAUUCGCCAUCAUGUUGCACAAGGAACUGUUCAUUUGGUUUUCAUUGGCUUCGCUGAUCAACCAGCAGAUCUCUUUACCAAGGCUCAUUUUCCUGGACGCUUUUUUGGGACACAAUUCUUCUAUCAAAGACCUGCUAAGUUAUGGAAUCGGCUUAGGCUUAUUCCCUAAUGUCAAGACAAUAGGAGAGGCUCGAGACAGAGUACUAACAUUGGUUAGCAAUCUAAAGUCCUCUUCUUUGCUGCUUGAUGGUCAUAGCAAUGAUUGGUUUGAUAUGCAUGAUAUUGUACGUGAUGUCGCCAUAUCAAUUGCCUUAAGGAGCCAGCAUUGGUUAUCAAUAGCAGAAGACCAUAUACCCAAGGGGGGGUCAGAUUUCAAAUGGAUCAGUCUACAAAAGGCUAAUAUUAGUGAGCUUCCUGAUCAAUUGGAAUGUCCAAAGCUUACCUUAUUUUAUUUGGACAGCAAGGAUCCUUCCAUGAAAAUUCCAGAAAACUUUUUCCGGGGAACACAAGAACUCAGAGUCCUGGAUUUCACUCAUAUGUGUUUCUCAUCCUUGCCUUCAUCAAUCUGCUUCCUAAAAAACCUCCAUACAUUACAUGUGAAUGGAGGUGUUUUAGAAGACAUGGCUAUUAUUGGAAAGCUGGCGAGUUUGGAAGUCCUUAGCCUUUCACAAUCAGAUAUUGUAGAGGUGCCAACGGAAAUUGGGCAGCUAACCCAGCUAAAGCUCUUAGAUUUGAGUGAUUGUACUAAACUCAAAAUCAUUCGGCCACAUGUCUUGGCCAGUUUGUCCAAACUAGAAGAGCUAUAUCUGAGAAAUAGCUUCGAUCAGUGGGAUGUUGGGGAAGGAGGAAAUCAAAGAAAUGCUAGCCUUGCGGAGUUGAAAGAUUUGCAUAACCUGGCUGCUUUAGAUGUACAUGUAUGUGAUGUCCAGCAAAUUCCAAAAGUUGGCUUGUUAUUUGAGAGAUUGAAAAGACACAAGAUCUUCAUUGGAGAGGUGUGGAAUUGCCAAGACAGUUCCUUCAAAAGCUCAAAAAUAUUGAAGCUGGAGCUGAACACAAGCAUUGGUUAUAGUCAUUCAAUUUUCGUCCUGUUUAAAGGUUUCAAGAAUGUAGUUCAUGAGUUAGAAGCUGCAGGUUUUCAGGAACUGAAGUAUCUUCAUGUCAAAAAUGAUCCAGAGGUUGAACAUAUUGUCAACUCAUCAGCGGGGUCUGUAUUUCCACUCUUGGAGGAACUUUUUCUGCAGAAUUUGGAUAAUUUGGUGAAGAUAUGUCAUGGCCGGUUCAGAGGAACAUGUUUUAGGAGAUUAAGCAUUAUAACUGUUAAAUUGUUGGUGAGGAUCGAGUUGCCAGGGGUGAUGGAAAUAGCAGAAGCAGGUGAAACUUUAAAGCUUUCCCAACUACGGUCCUUGCAAUUGCAAUAUUUACCGAAGUUUCUAUGCCAUGGAAAUGAGGAAACAAGUGAUCCAAGCUCCAACUCGGCACCACUCUUCGGUGAAAAGAUUGUCUUUCAAAAGCUGGAGGAGUUACAAUUGUCCUGUAUUAACAUUAAGAGUAUAUGGGGCAGCCAGCUUUCAAUUGCAUCCUCUUGUAUUCAGAUUCUGACAAAAUUGAUCAUUGAGGGCUGUGAUCAUUUGGAACACCUAUUGUCAUCCUCCAUGGCUAAAAGUCUUGUGAAGCUUAGAUGCCUUGAAAUAAAGAAAUGCAAGGAGAUAAGGGAGAUAAUUGAACCAGAGAAUGCAGAAGAUAUGGACGAUCUGAUUUCAUUCCCAACGUUAGAAAUCCUAAAAAUAGAACACCUUGAAAAGCAUACUGGAUUCUGCUCCGGCAAUUGUAGGGUUGAAUUCCCAGCCUUAAAGCAAUUAUUUAUCGAGCACUGUCCAGAAUUGAAGGGUUUCACAUUCAAUCAUGCGAGCACAGAUAUGACAGGUGGACUGGAACCCCUUUUUAAUGAGAAGGUUUCGUUUCCCAGCUUGGAAAAUUUAUUCGUCAAAGGAUUGGAAUUGAGGAUCAUAUGGCACCACCACCUUCCUGCAAAUUCUUUCUGCAAACUAAAAUCAUUGUACAUCGGAAGUUGUGACAAAUUAUCAACUAUUUUUUCAUCCGAUGUACCGAAGAGAUUAUGCGCAUCACUAGAACGGUUGGCUGUAUAUCGUUGUUGUGGUGUAGAACAGAUAUUCGAAAUUGGCGGAGAAGUGAAGGUCGAUGGUGUAACAGACACCCAGUUCAGACAUUUGCAUCUUUGUUAUCUACCUAGACUGAAGCAUGUGUGUACCAGGGAUCCUCGUGGUAUUCUUACUUUUCGAGAAUUGCAGUCCGUGAAAGUUUAUCAUUGUCCAAACCUCCAAAAUUUAUUUCAAACUUCAGUGGCUAUGGAACUUCAGCAACUUGAAAGGUUGGAGUUAGGGGACUGCGGGAUAGAGGAAGUUGUAGGAUUCGGAGAGGGAGAUGAAGAAGAUCCCACUUUUGUGUUUCUUCGUUUAUCUGUUCUUUACCUGUGGGAUCUACCAAGACUCAAAUGUUUCUACCCAGGGAAACAUGUAACAGAGUGGCCAAUGUUAAAAAAUUUUAGAGGGUAUCAUUUAGGAGGAGUUACAGAAACAAAUGUGGAGAGCCCUGGUGCAUUUCCGGUUCAACUACCGCUUUUCACCGUGGAGAGGGUAAUUCCUAGAUUGGAGAAGCUAUCAUUAACAAGUGAUGACAUUGCAAUGAUAUGUACUCGCCAAUUUCCAGAAGGCCUCUUCUCCAAAGUUAAAGUUCUUCGGGUUCGCUGCUACCACAGUGCAUUGACGGUUUUUCCAUUGUUCUUCAUUCAAAGAUUCUUCAAUUUAGAAAAGCUUUUUAUAGGUUGCUCUUCUUUCAAGGAGUUGUUCCCUUCUGUAGCAUCCAUUGAUUGUCAGGAGAAAGAUGCAAGAUGGUAUUUACGUAUUAGAAAGUUGAAGCUGGAUACACUUCCUCAUCUGCAGUAUAUAUGGAGUCAAGGCUCAGCAUCAGACCUACUUGUUCAAAAUGUUGAAUCUCUUAAAGUGCUGGGAUGUGAUAAUUUGAUUAGCUUAUCAGAAUCUACACCAUCUUUCCGAAAUCUCACCACUUUUUUGUGCUUAACAAGACUUGCAAGCUUCUGUUCUGCAAAUUUCACAAUUAUGUUCCCAUUGUUGGAAGAAGUAAUGGUGGCUCAAUGUGCCAACUUUGAGACCUUCUGUCAUGGAAUGUUGAGGACUCCAAGCCUGCAGAGAAUACAAUUAACACAAGAAGAUGAUGUAGGGCGUCCGGUGGUUGAGCUGAAUGACACCAUAAAUCAAGUGUACAAAGAUAAGGUUGGUUUUUCUGGGUUACAAUAUUUGAACCUCUCAGUCUUUCCUCAGUUGGUGGAAAUAUGGAACGAGAAUCCUCAAGAGAUCUUGGAUUUCAAACAGCUUCGUGUCCUUGAAAUUUGUAAUUGUAGGGACUUGAAGUAUCUCCUAACACCUUCCAUGGCUUUGAGUCUUGUUUCCCUCGAAGAGAUGAAAGUGGAAAACUGUGAAAUGAUGGAGCAAAUCAUCACAGAAGAGGAAGCUACGGAGGUAGAUGAAAAAGAGAUAAUAUUCCCACUGUUAAAAACCAUUAAUCUGGAAUCUUGUCCCAACUUGAGAACUUUCUAUGUGGGAAAUUAUAAACUUGAGUGUCCAUCAUUGUCAUGGAUGAAAUUACUUGACUGUCCAAAGAUGGUUACAUUUGCUUCAACAUUUUCAACGGUGCAAGAGGCAGCAGAAGGAGUAAGUGCAGAAAGGAUUGGAAAGGAAGUCAUCGAUAUCCCUAUUGCACCCUUUUUCGGUGACCAGGGAUGUGGCAAUUUGAAAUAUCUGCUUACAUCCUCAAUGAUUAAAAGUCUUGUGCAACUCCAAUUGCUUGAGAUUUGUGAUUGUGUGAUGAUGAAAGAGGUAAUAGUAAAUGAAGGAUUAGCAGGGGAAGAAAGUUUGUUGUUAGCUAGGCUUGAAACCCUAACUCUUAAAGGCCUUCCCAAAUUCACAAGAUUCUGCUCUGGAAAUUACUUUGAGUUCCCCUUCCUGAGAUGCCUUCACAUAAUCCAGUGCCCUCUGUUGGAGACGUUCAUCUCCAGUUCUAAUGUUGGGGAAACGAGUCACAUGACAGAAAGUGUGAUUCCCCAGAUUGGAGCACCUUGUACUCAAAGAUAUGGAGAGCUUGAACUUGAUAUGGGAUAACCAACUUGAUGCAGAGAGCUUCCACAAGCUAGAUCAACUUCUGGUGAAAUCCUGUGAAAAACUGUUGAAUAUUUUUUCAGUUACUAUGCUUGGAAGACUUGAAAACCUAGACAAACUUAAUAUAGAAAAUUGUGUUUC